GUCCGUUUGACACUACACUAUCAACAGAUAGCGCUCUAUCGGGCUAGAAGGUAGAUGAGUAGUUUCACGCUGCACCUGUGUUUCAAUAAAUCGUCAUUCUUAGGAUAUUACAAGCAUGGGGCAAUAACCUAAGUUUGCGCUCUCUUCUUGGGUCAUCGUAUGAUGACUUCUGGCCUGAAUUGCCAGCCGAACGGCGGACGGGAAACCAUGCGUGCCACAUAUCAACAAUAUCUGGUACCAAAUCUGGUGUCCAUCACCAAUUGUCCAUACUAUUGGGGCUCGUUGGAUCGUUUCGAGGCCGAGGCUAUUCUGAAUGAGGCCAAGAAAGAGGGCAGUUUCUUGCUGCGAGAUUCGUCUCAUGCGGAUUACAUCUUUUCCGUGAGCUUCCGGCGUUACAAUCGCUCGAUCCAUGCCCGCAUUGAAGAGAGCCACCAUCGGUUCACCUUUGAUUCGCAGGAUCCGGGCGUGUUUUCGUCCCAGUCCAUCCAAACCUUGAUUAGAUACUUCAUGGAUCCGCGGAAAUGCAUGGUGUUUGAUCCCAUGCUCGUGUAUCCUAUUCAUCGGAAACAUCCUUUGUCUUUGAGAAGCUUAUCAAGAGCCGUCAUCUGUGAUUCCUUGAGAUAUCAAGAUAUUUCAGCCCUAGAAUUGCCUACUUCGUUAAAAGACUUUUUGACGGUUUACAGCUACACCUCAUCGUGAUCAAUUCUGGACGGCCAGCCGCUCUCUCUUUCUCGCUCUCUGGACCACCCACCACCAAAGUAUUACCAACCAUCAACGUCUACCAAAUGACAUUCCAAACGUCAAUCCAAGCGCCACUUUAGGUCCUAAAGUGCUCUUUGAUAAAUCUUAUGCCAAUGACAUUACACGACCUGCCCAGCGAAACCCAAAGCCACUCGUGGCUUCCGUAUUAAUGAUCUAAAUUUGCACUUAGACACUCUUGACCGUCUUGUUAUUUUCAUUCCUUCACACAGAAAAGCUUUUUUAAUGUAUGUCAAUUUGUCAAAUACAAGGUUUCUACAACGCUA